AUGGAUGUCUUUUUGGCGAUUUUUGUCAUUUUUAUUGGAUUCUUGGUUGAAGAAUGUGUUGGCUUUACUUAUGGUAAGAACUUUCUUUACAAAUCAAAAAAUGGCAAGAACUUUCUUUACGGAAUGAAAAAUGGCAAAAACUUUCUUUACAAGACAAAAAAUUGCAAAAACGUUCUUUAAAAAACACAAAAUGGCAAGAACUUUCUUUACAAAAUAAAAAAAUGGCAAGAACUUUCUUUACAAAAUAAAAAAAUGGCAAGAACUUUCUUUACAAAAUAAAAAAAUGGCAAGAACUUUCUUUAUAAAAGUUAAAAUGACAAGAACUUUCUUUACAAAGCCAAAACAACCACAAUUUUUAUAUCCAUCGUAUAACGUGGCAACUGCAAACUGCAAAAUUUAAAAUUUUGGUUUUUACGGUAAAAUUGCAGUAACUUUCUAUCCAAAACAUAAAACGGUCCAUUUUCUCGUUUAUCGUAUAACUUGUCCUUCGCAACCUGCAACACAUAAAACAAGGCGUUUUUGGUGGUUGAUCGGCAAGAACUUUCUUUACAAAACGAAAAAUGGCAAAAACUUUGUUUACAACACAAAUAUAGCAAGAACUUUCUUUACAAAACAAAAAAUGGCAGGAACUUUCUUUACAAAGCAAAAAAUGGCAAGAACUUUCUUUACAAACUUUAGAAAGACAAAAACUUUCUUUACAAAGCAAAAAAUGGCAAGAACUUUCUUUACAAAGCAAAAAAUGGCAAGAACUUUCUUUACAAAGCAAAAAUAAGCAAGAACUUUCUCUACAAAACAAAAAAUAGCAAAAACUUUCUUUCUAGGCGAUGAGCGGUGCUUCGAACCCUUGGAUGUUGGCCCGUGCACAUUUUUUGUCAAAAAAUGGUACUACGACCAAGCUUCAAAGGAAUGCCGCGCUUUUAAUUACGGGGGAUGCUUGGGUACUCGGAAUCGAUUUGGCAGUAAACAAGACUGCCUGAAGAGUUGUAUCUACAAGAUGGACGACCCUGUAGCUUUGCCUGGUAAGUUGGAAGAAACUUUCUUUACAAGCUUUGAAAUAACAAGAACUUUCUUUACAAGACAAAAAAUGGCAAGAACUUUCUUUAAAAAACAUAAAAUAGCAAAAACUUUUUUUACAAAACGAGAAAUGGCAAGAACAAAACAGAAAAUGGCAAGAACUUACUUUACAAAUCAAAAAAUGGCAAGAACUUUCUUUACAAAACUAAAAAUAGCAAGAAAUUUCUUUACAAAACAAAAAAUGGCAAGAACUUUCUUUACAAAACAAAAAAUUGCAAGAACUUUCUUUACAAAACAUAAAAUGGCAAAAACUUUCUAUAAAAACCAAAAAAAUGUUACAAAUUUUCAGAAAUUUGUCUUCUGGACGCAGAUCCAGGCCAUUGUUCAGACGAACGUACCGGCCAAUGGUGGCAUUAUUUCAACGCUGAGCUUGGGAUUUGUGACAAGUUUAUGUAUUAUGGUUGUGGUGGCAACAACAACCGGUUUUACUCGUUAUAUCAAUGUCGGAAGGUUUGUGGAGAGAGAAUGGAUCCUCAAAUUGGUAGGUUAUUUUGAACUUUGGGGAUAGGGUACUAUAAGAUGUUAUAUAUAGGGUAGGGUCAAAAUAUUAAAAAAAUUUUUUUUUAAGGAUGAGAUAGAUUUUUUAAAAGUAGGGUAUAUUUUAUUUUAUCUUUAUUUUAUUUUUUUAAAUUUUAUUUUUUUUAUUUUAUUUUUUUUAUUUUUUUUUAUUUUUAGUUAUUUAACUUUUUAAUUUUAUUUUUUUUAAAUUUUUUUUUAAUUUUAUUUAUUUAGCUUUUUAAUUUAAUUUAAUUUUUUUUAUUUUUAAGCAUGUGAACGUUGUGACGUGAGAACGUCGUUCUGUCAAGCUGUCAACAAAUACAAAUACACUUGUGAGUGUAGAGAAGGCUACAUAAAGGCUUCUAAUGGGGAUUGUAUCGACAUGGACGAAUGCGAACUGAUGCAGGCCGACUGUGGUGACAAUUCGAGAUGCAUCAACACUAUUGGAUCAUAUAAGUAAGAACCCUACCCUACCCUAUUCUACCCUACCCUACCCUACCCUACCCUACCCUACCCUACCCUACCCUACCCUACCCUACCCUACCCUACCCUACCCUACCCUACCCUACCCUACCCUACCUUACCCUACCCUACCCUACCCUACCUUACCCUACCCUACCCUACCUUACCCUACCCUACCCUACCCUACCCUACCCUACCCUACCCUACCCUGCCUUACCCUACCCUAUUCUACCCUACCCUGCCCUAUAUUACAGUAUGCCAUUUCAGAUGUGAAUGCCUAGAAAACUACGUCGGAAACGGUAAAGAGUGCAAGUACGUAGGACCAGCUACAGUAACCGAUGACUGUGAUAACUGUAAUGAGAAUGCCAUUUGUCGUGACGGGAAAUGUCAAUGUAAACUUGGUUUCGAAGGAGAUGGGUUCAAUUGUACUGAUGUGGAUGAAUGUAUGGGUACUAUGCCAAGAUGUGACCCUAAUGCCAAGUGCUUCAACACUAUCGGAUCGUAUCUUUGCGAAUGCAGUCCUGGCUUUGCUGGAAACGGAUUUGAAUGCACUACUAAUACCAGUAAGUACUAACUCUAGCUCUAGCCUUAGCCCAGAGGCCCUAGCCCAGAGGCCCUAACCCAGAGGCCCUAGCCCAGAGGCCCUAGCCCAGAGGCCCUAGCCCAGAGGCCCUAGCCCAGAGGCCCUAGCCCAGAAGCCCUAGCCCAGAGGCCCUAGCCCAGAGCCCUAACCCAGAGUCCUAGCUUUAGGUCUAUUUAUUGUCCUGGCCUUAGAGUUGGCUUAGUUUAAUCCUACAGUAACCCACAACGCCUUUCAUGGCCUAUUGUUUCUUUUGUCUUGUUCUGGGCUAGUAUUAUCCUAUACUUACUCUAGCCGUAUCCGACCUUGCUCUACAUUGCACUGCCCAGCCUAACCUUAUGCUAGAGCAAGGUAAUGUAGAGCUUUUUCUCUAGUCUUAUCUAUUCUAUUCCUACCUUACUUUAAUCGCCGUUUAAACCUUAAAAAUGUGCAAGAAUAUUACAGUGUCCUGUCUGGACAAGCCUUCUCGAGACUACGAAGCCUCUUGUACUGGCGAAUGGCGGGAGCAUUUUGUCUUUGAUCACGAGACAAAACAAUGUAAAAUGAUUUGGUACGAUGGAUGUCCAAGCAAGUCCAGAAACCUCUAUUCAGAUUUGUCAACUUGCGAAGAGAUGUGUGUCCAAACUCAUAUACUCAAAAAGGCUCGUGGGUUUAAAAUUUAUAUUUUUAAAAAUUCUUUUAUUUCGAGUUUAGUACUGUACACAGUUUUAUCAUACCGAUUAUAAAAACCGUAUUUUACAAAAAAAAUUUUGGUUAGCUUAAAAUGGCAAGAACUUUCUUUACGAAACUAAAAAUAGCAAGGACUUUUUUUACAAAACAUAAAAUGGCAAGAACUUUCUUUACAGAAGCAAAAAUGCAAUAA